CUUCUUGUCAAGCAGUUUUUUUCCUUGUUUCUCGCUUCACGCUGCGACUCCAGCAAACGAGGAAGUGUGAGCGGUUAGCACCUGACGUUGGACCUGCAAGCAGAAAAAAAGAGGACGGUGCUAUUUCAGAUGUAUGGAAUGGAGAUGCACCAGGCUGUUCAAGAGCGUUUUAAAAAGGAAAUUAAAUGUGAAAAAGAGGACGCCUCAGAGGGUGAGAUUAAAGAAGAGGAAUGGGAGAAUACAACAGCCCUGCUUUUCAUGGAUACCAUAGAGAAAAGAAUCCUCAACAUCAAAAAAGAGGAUGAGAAAUGGGAAUGUUUCAGCUUUAAAGAAGAGACUGAGCACAAGUAUGACAGCACUGAAAUGUAUCAACAUAACUUUCCAAGCAGUGUCAAGAAAGAAGACUUUAAACUGGAGCCUCUCUCUGCAGACGGGUUAGGCUACACUCCAAGUGGACCCUGCUUCCUCCACGAUCAUUUUCUCCAUGUGAAAUCGGAACAAUUGGAGUCUUACAUGAAGAGCACUGAAGAAGAUGUACAGAAGAGGAGCAGCAUCUCCCCAUCUUUUUUUGCUCACAUGCCAGAACAGAUACUGCCUGAUGGAAAUAUGAAAGAAUCAAUAUCUGGAUCAGAAAAUUUGAUCCUGGCCAAUUCGCAGAGCACUCCACUGAUGAUUGUGGGUCCAACAAAGAUUGACACCAUCAACACUGAGCAAGUGCAUCAUGCAAAAUCAGCAAGACUGCAGGUCUGUCAGAAGAAGAAGAAAAGCUUGAAAGGCAAAUCUUAUCAUAAAGAUCAUGAGGAGAGUACAAAUAUGAAAGGCAAAUCAAUUCCCAAAUAUUGUCAGGGGAGUUCUAAUAGACCAAGGCCAUACUGCUGCACUGAAUGUGGUAGUCGUUUCACCGAGAGGAAGAAUCUUCUGCAACACAGAAAAACUCAUACCGGAGAGAAGCCGCAUUGCUGUUCUGUAUGUGGCCAACGAUUCUCUCGCAAGAGAAAUCUUCAAAGACACACACGGAUUCACACAGGGGAGCGGCCAUACUGCUGUUCCGAAUGUGGUAAACAGUUCAUUGACCGACACAGCCUUCAGAGCCACACUAGAAUUCACACUGGAGAAAAGCCAUAUUGCUGUUCAGAAUGCGGCAGACAAUUCACCGUCAAGAGUACUCUUCGGAGACACAGAAGGACUCACAGUGGUGAGAAGCCAUACUGCUGCUCCGAAUGUGGCAAACGAUUCACUAACAAGAGCUCUCUUCAUAUACAUAACAGACAUCAUAAUGGAGACAGGCCAUACUUCUGUGCAGAAUGUGGCAAAUGUUACACUAACAACAGUGAACUUAAGGUACAUAUGAGAGUUCAUAUUGUACAAAAGUGAACGUCCAAAGCCAUAGCAAAGGUACCUGCUUCUAUCACUGGAGAAUCCGCAAAAACGACAAGCUCUCCGCACCAGAGAGACUCUGCUGACCAGACUGCAUAGCAUAAAGUAAGGAGGCUGUAGCCAUUAGGGACACAUUGAUGCCAACAGCUCAGUAAAAGGGGAGAAUACAAUACAAUACAAUACAGUUUAUUUUUGUAUAGCCCAAAAUCAUAAAGGAAGUGCCGCAAUGGGCUUUAACAGGCCCUGCCUCUUGACAGACCCCCAGCCUUGACUCUCUAAGAAGACAAGGAAAAACUCCCAAAAAAACCUAGUAGGGAAAAAUGGAAGAAACCUUCGGAAAGGCAGUUCAAAGAGAGACCCCUUUCCAGGCAGGUUGGGCGUGCAGUGGGUGUCAAAAGAAGGGGGUCAAUACAAUACAAUGCAGUACACAGAACAGAACAAUUUCUCAAUAUAGUAAGAAAUAAAAAAUAUAAAUUUUAGAAGUACAGAGCAGAAUUUAACAGCAGAUGAUAUAUCCCAUAAUAAGAUUUGGAUUUGUAUAGAGUCCUGGAGACCUCAUCCUUCAAGCUGCCUCCCCCAUUUGGCCAUUCCACGGCUGAAACAGUGCUGGGCCAGCCAAUCCGAUGAAAGGACCCCUCUUUCCCACGAUUCCCGCGAUCCUCUAUCUGGGAUGACUUUUCCUUAGGCAGGCAAAACAACUUGGCAGGUGGGCCAUGGCACCAAGUGCCACAUUUGAGUACCGAGAAGAAAAACAGAAUAAGUGAGGGUUAGUAUACAAUUAUAACUGUCAUGUUACUUAUGUUUAAGUGCUAAUGACUAACAACAGAGAUGCAGUCUGUACAGUUAAUCAGCAGCUCUAGUCAGGAUAUGCUAAACUGAAGUAGUGAGUCUUCAGCCGGGAUUUAAAAGCUGAGACCGAAGGGGCAUCUCUUAUAGUAGCAGGCAGACCAUUCCACAGUUUAGGGACCCUGUAACUAAAAGCUCGACCUCCCACUGUUAUUUUAUUAAUCCUUGGAGUCAUAAGCAGACCGGCAUCUUGAGAUCUUAAUGUGCGCUCAGGUUUGUAAGUCAUGAUAAGUUCAGACAAGUAAGCCGGACCUCGACCAUUUAAUGCUUUAUAUGUUAAAAGAAGGAUUUUGAAAUCUGCCCUAAACUUAACCGGGAGCCAGUGUAAGGAUUUAAGAACUGGAGUUAUGUGUUCGUAUUUUCUUGUUCUUGUAAUAAUUCUCGCAGCCGCAUUUUGGAUUAACUGGAGGCUGUAUAAAGAACAGUUUG